AUGCAUGCCUUCCCAAGGGAGUGCUUUGGAGGUGACUGGAGUGAUAUUCAGCAGGGAGGACAGUCCCAAUUUUUAACAAUAUGUCGAGACUUAUCCGAGGGCUACGCGGAGCCCAAGGGCUUGGACGGUGCUGUGAGGGCCGACGGCUCAGUGACCCUUGUUUUGCCCCAAGCCUGGGGCCCAGCGUGUAGCCAGCGAGAGCCCCAGCGCGGGGGCGGCGGCGCAAAGAUUGCCCUGGAGGAGGUGGCCCGUGGCCCCAUCCUCGUGGACACCGGGGGGCCCUGGGCUCGGGAGGCGCUGCUAGGGGCCCUAGCGAGGCAAGGGGUGUCCCCGGGAGAUGUAACUUUGGUGGUGGGGACCCACGGGCACUCGGACCACAUCGGGAACUUAGGUUUGUUUCCGGGCGCGGCAUUGCUUGUCUCGCACGACUUCUGCCUCCCUGGGGGUCUCUACCUGCCCCACGCGCUGGAUGAGGAACGGCCUUUGCAGCUGGGGCCCGGGCUCGAAGUGUGGGCCACACCGGGCCACGGGGGCCAGCGGGACGUGAGCGUGGUAGUAGCGGGCACGACUCGGGGCACCGUGGUGAUAGCGGGCGAUGUGUUUGAGCGCGAUGGGGAUGAGGAUUCGUGGCAGGCGCUGAGUGAAGACCCGGUGGCCCAGGAGCGGAGCAGGAAGAGAGUCCUAGACGCCGCCGACAUAGUUGUGCCUGGUCACGGAGCCCCUUUUCUGGUGUUAAGGGAAGUCGCGCAGCUGGCAGCAGCCAGUGAUCCCAGACAAGGACUGAUUGGUCCCGAGAGGGACUGA